AUGGCGGAUCAGAAGACCAUCAGCCUUAGCGGCAGCGUGGAGAUGGUCCAGGAGUUCUUCGAGUUCGCGAUCAACAGCAUCCUCUACCAGCGCGGCAUCUACCCGCCGGAGGAGUUCAAACGCGUCGCCAAGUACGGCCUGUCGAUGAUGGUGACGAGCGACGAGGGCCUGAAAUCGCGCAUCCUGUCGCAGCUGAAGACGUGGCUGAACACGGGCGAGGUGCAGCGGCUCGUCGUCGUCGUGACGGGCGUCGAGACGGGGCAGACGCUGGAGCGGUGGGUCUUCGCCGUGCAGGCGUUCGCCGAGGGCGAGAACGCGGAGAACGCGGCGCCCGAGGCGAAGACCGCGGCGGUCAAGGAGAUCACGAAGCAGAUCCAGGCGAUCAUCCGCCAGAUCACGGCGUCCGUGACGUUCCUGCCCCUCCUCGAGGAGGCCUGCGCCUUCGACCUGCUCGUCUACGCGCGGAAGAAGGCCGACGUGCCGGGGACGUGGGAGGACUCGGACCCCAAGUACAUCACGAACGCGCAGGAGGUCAAGCUCCGGUCCUUCACGACGUCGAUCCACCAGGUCGAGGCCGCCGUCUCCUACAAGGCCGACGACGUCUAG